AGAGAGACUGAACGGUGAUUGAAAGAGAAGAAAGCUGAACGGCGGUGGCGGCAGCCAUCUUAAAACUACCGCACUAAUCCGAGAUAUACAUCCUCUGGAUAUUUUUGCAACACCGAGCUGAAUCAGAUUUUACCGGGCGAGAGGAGACAGAAUAACAUUGUUAAAAUCGUUCGCUGUUUUUAAAACGAAGACGGGAUGCGGAUCCGUGGGGUGAACCCUUUCGCUUCUGCAGUCGGUCUGCUUUUAGGACUAUUAUGCGCGGUGGAGGCAGCCAAAGUAAAUAAGCACAAGCCAUGGAUUGAGACCACGUAUCAUGGUAUCGUAACGGAAAAUGACGACAAAGUUCUCCUGGACCCUCCGUUGAUAGCCUUGGAUAAAGAUGCCCCGUUGCGCUAUGCAGAGAGUUUUGAGGUGACCUUCACCAAAGAAGGGGAGAUCUGCGGCUUCAGGAUUCACGGGCAGAACGUGCCAUUCGAGGCGAUGGUGUUGGAUAAGUCCACUGGCGAGGGCGUGAUCCGGGCCAAGGAUAAACUGGAUUGUGAGCUGCAAAAGGAGCACACCUUCACCAUCCAGGCCUACGACUGUGGAGAGGGACCUGAUGGCAGCAACAUGAAGAAAUCUCACAAGGCUACCGUCCACAUCCAAGUGAAUGACGUGAACGAGUAUUCACCGGUGUUCAAAGAGAAGUCCUACAAAGCCACAGUGAUCGAGGGCAAAAAGUAUGACAGCAUCCUGAAGGUGGAGGCAGUGGACGCUGACUGCUCUUUCCAGUUCAGUCAGAUCUGCAGCUACGAGAUUGUCACCCCCGAUGUGCCCUUUACCAUUGACAAGGAUGGCAACAUCAAGAACACCGAGAAGCUGAACUACAGCAAGGAACACUUGUACAAACUCACCCUGACUGCAUAUGACUGCGGUAAAAACCGUGCAUCUGAGGACGUUCUUGUGAAAAUCAACAUCAAGCCCACCUGCAAACCAAGCUGGCAAGGAUUUAAUAAAAGGAUUGAAUAUGAGCCUGGUACAGGCAGUCUAGCCCUGUUCCCCAGCAUGCACCUGGAGACCUGCGAGGAGCCAAUCACCUCCAUUCAGGCCAGCAUCAUGCUGGAGACUAAUCACAUCGGCAAGGGCUGUGACCGCGACACGUACUCCGAAAAAUCCCUGCACAAGCUGUGCGGUGCCAGCGCUGGCACUGUGGAGCUGUUGCCUGCUCCCAGCAACUCUGCCAACUGGACCGUCGGCUUGCCCACUGACAACGGGCACGACAGCGACCAGGUGUUUGAGUUCAACGGCACCCAGGCCAUCAAGGUCCCUGAGGGUGUGGUGAGCACCACCCUGAAAGAGCCCUUCACCAUCUCAGUGUGGAUGAGACACGGACCUGGAGGCAGGGAGAAGGAGACCAUACUCUGCAACUCUGACAAGACUGAGAUGAACAGGCACCACUACUCUCUGUAUGUACACAACUGUCGUCUUGUGCUGCUGCUGCGUCAGGAGCCUACCGAAUCGGAGAACUACAAACCAGCUGAAUUCCACUGGAAACUCGAUCAAGUGUGUGAUAAAGAAUGGCAUCACUACGUGUUGAACAUUGAGUUCCCAGCAGUGACUUUGUUUGUGGAUGGUGCCACCUUCGAGCCCUUCCUGGUCACGGAGGAUUACCCUCUGCAUGCCUCCAAGAUCGAAACCCAGCUCACCAUCGGCGGCUGCUGGCAAGACCUCUCAGGACAUGCCAAUGAUACUGAGACUCUCUCAGAGCCUUUGACAGGUGGCAGCGCCCGCCUGACUCAGUACUUCCGGGGCAACCUAGCUGGACUCAUGAUCCGCUCCGGCAAACUGGAGAACAAGAAAGUUAUCGACUGCCUCUACACCUGCAAGGAAGGUCUUGAUGUGCAGCUUCCAGAGGAAGUAGCCUCUGCUGUGAAGGUGGAGUUCAACCCCAACCAGUCUUCUCUGAGCCUGGAGGGAGAUGACAUUGAGGCAGCUGAGACCGAGGCCGAAGGCGAGGAUGAUCCCACAGUGCAAGAGACGGUGGUAUCUGAGGAGAUCAUGCAUAACUUGGACACGUGUGAGGUGACUGUGGUGGGAGAUGAACUGAAUGGAGAUCAUGAGAGUUUGGAGGUGGAUCUGGCCCAAAUCCAGCAGAGAGCUCUGGAGAUGAGCUCUUCUAACGUGGGCAUGGUCAUCACAGGGGUUAACACCAUGGUGACCUAUGAACAGGUCCUGCAUCUGAUCCGCUACAGGAACUGGCACACAGAGGCAUUGUUUGACAGGAAGUUUAAACUCGUCUGUUCUGAACUCAAUGGCCGCUACAUCAGCAAUGAAUUCAAAGUCGAGGUCAAUGUGAUCCAUACAGCCAACCCCAUGGACCAUGCUAACAACGCUAUGGUACAGCCUCAGUUCAUCAACCAAAUUCAGCACGCUUCAGUGGACCUGUCUGGACACAACCUGGCCAACACACAUCAGGCCUCAGUUGUCCCCAGUGCUGCCACCGUCGUUAUCGUUGUGUGUGUGAGCUUCCUGGUGUUUAUGAUCAUCCUGGGCGUCUUCCGUAUCCGUGCUGCCCACCAGCACACCAUGAGGGACCAGGAAAACGGCAAAGAGAACGAGAUGGACUGGGAUGACUCUGCCCUCACCAUUACUGUCAACCCAAUGGAGACUUAUGAGGAUCAGCACAGCAGCGAAGAGGAAGGAGACGAGGAAGAGGAAGAGAGCGAGGACGGAGAGGAGGAAGACGACAUCACCAGUGCGGAGUCAGACAGCAGUGAGGAUGAGGGCGGCGAACAGGAAGACCAGCAGGGUUCGACUAGACAGCAGCAGCUGGAGUGGGACGACUCCACCUACUGAUCCUCCUGAGCACACAGUACACACUACUUACCAACACACACACACACACACACAAUGACAAAUCCACUCACGCACAGUCACAUCCCUCUGCCAAUAGGGACGCCCAUGUUCCCCCUACCUAAGGAGCCAUGCGUAAAAACGCGGAAAACACUGAAAACUAAACGAUUAUACAAUAUAUGUACAAUAAUAGAUGCAAAUAUAUCCGGUGUCUGUCGUGACAGGUGUCGCAGUCCGCUUCAUUUCCACCUGCCGAGGCUUCCCUGUCGACAUCUUAUCGUGGUGGUAUUCAGUGUAGUAUAGUAUCACAGCUAU